UGUGAAAUACAUGAAGCUCACCUGGUGGCUUUCUUAGUAGCAAGAAUGGACUGUUUUCUUAGCAAGAACGGAAUAUUUACUCAUAUCACGUUGGUUUUAAACACUUGGAAGUUGUGUACGCUGACUUACUGGUGGCAUUUUGAGUUACAACCUUAAAUAUAUAUUGAUGUCAAGUUAUCCUCGUUUUAUUUUGUAUUCUAUAAAUCAAUAGCACUACUGUUCAUGUAUUAUGCAAUGCUGUCAGGUACAUCUCAGUAGAGGGCUAUUCUUAGGUCAGUGCAAAUGUAGGUUUCCUUUCGGGCUAUCUAGUGUACUUUUAGCUCACAAUGAACAGAUGGAAGAUUUAACACUGUUGGCAUUUAGCUCUGUUUUUCCAUUUAAUAUCACUAAGUGUACCUAACAUCAUGCCUUUCAAAGAUUGUUCCCUGCAACCAAGAAAUUGCUAGUCAUUGCACAUAUAGUGUGAUCAACCAGUUGAUUGUAGUUGUAUUACUUAUAUCGAGCUGCCUUGUUUUCCAGUGAACUAUAGUUACCAUAACUUUGUAUUUCUUUUUAUAGAAUAUAUGACCUGUUUUUUCAUCUAAUGAAGUGGUCUUCAAUUGUAUUUAUGAAAGUACCUGUAAUAUUUGGUUCCAUGAUGCCCUUCUGCAUGAUUCUAUCACUGAGUGAUUUUAGAAAGUUAGAGCUUAAUAUAUGAGUGAAGUUCGCUAUGAUACAAUUUCUGUGAAUUGCUUCUGGUAAAAUGCUUCCAAAUGCACUAAUCAGCUAUACUACAGAUGCAACACACAUAUAGUCGAGCAAUUUAAUUUCUGGAGGAUGAUAUAUAGGCCUUUAGCUCAAAAUAAACAGAUGAAAACUACAACACUGAUCACUAAAUGUACUGCAGGUUGUCUUUUAGCUUUGGUUUUCAUUUAAAAUCACUAAGUGUACCUAAUAUCAUGGCCUUCAGAGGUUGUUCACGACAACUGAGAAGUUGCUACUCAGUCAACAUAUUAUUUGUUAAUAUGAUCAACCAGUUGAUUGUAAUUGUAUCAGUUUUCUAGCUGCCUUUUUCACAGUAAACUAUAGUUACCAUAGUUUUUUUCAUAUAAAAUAUACGACCUGUUUUUUUAUCUUACUGGUCUUCAAUCGUCUUUGUUAUGGUUCAUGUAAUGUUUGGUGAUGCCUUUCUGCAUGAUUCUAUCACCUGCAGUAUUUUAGAAUGUUGGAGCUUAAUAGUUUGGAGAAUGUAGGAGCUUAAUAGUUUGGACUAGAGUUAGCUAUCAUACCAUUUCCUUGAAUUGCUUCUGGCAAAAUGCUUCCAAAUGAGCCAGCUAAUCAGGUAUGCAACAGAUGCAAGGCAUAUAUUAGAGUAGUUUAAUUUCUUGAGGACGACAUAUGGAGGAGAAUAUGCAUAGAGGCCUCUCGGUGAUGAUAUGAUCAGCAAGAGGGUUUUUUCCUCUUGAUUGAUGGUAUUACAGGGUGAAAACCUCCACUUUGAAGCUGCAGAGUGCAGAUCUAUUCUUGGUAUCCAUAAGCUUACUCUGCAGAGUGUCCAUUUGUCUGAAUUUUGGAGGUAUUUUCUGAGCUCCACUCGUAGUCGAAAGGUGGAUGGUUAUUUUGUGCAGGUCAUAUGAAACCAUGAAACUCUGAUGCUGUGUGCCCCUCAUCAUUUGCUUAGACCUGUAAAGCAUCUCAGUCUCAGUAAUCCAUGUUCUUUUCCUGUGGCCUAUGAUGGGUCGAGUGAAGCACGGAGCUGCUGUGCUGCUCCUCCUGCAUUGCAGGGACCAAAGAUUGCUCUCGUUUUCUAAGCGAGCUUUUCAUUGACCACAGGGGGAGAAAAGGAUGACCUUUCUGGUGCAGGCGUGCAUCUUCCCGGCUUUGCCCACACAUGUCCUGUUGACGAUUGGCCUGGUUCAUCUUGAUGAUGUAUUCCCCUCCCUGCUCUGCUGCUGGAAGCAACGGCGGGCAGAGCUUCGCGGCCGGAGCCAACCCGCUCGCGUUGCUGGACCAUGCCAUGGAUUUCGACGAGCACGUCCUUUUUCCUAUGCACAAUGCAGGGAUGCAAGAUGGAGUUCAGUUCUACAAUCCUACUGCUGGUGGUACUGAGCUAAGUAGAAACAUGAGCAUGGAGAAGGGUUUGAAGGGCGGUAAAAGGAAGGGCUCGGGCGAGGGCAGUUCGACUAUGCAUUCGCAACAGGAGGAAACCGGUGCCAUGUCUCAGAGAGAAGUCAGCAUGGAGCGCGCUGGCGAGAAGGAAGGCGAUGCUGCUAGCAACAGAGAGGACUACGUGCAUAUCCGGGCGAAGCGCGGCCAGGCGACCAACAACCACAGCCUUGCAGAAAGGUUUCGGAGGGAGAAGAUCAACGAGAGGAUGAAGCAUCUACAGGACCUCGUCCCAGGCUGCAAUAAGAAGAUCACAGGCAAGGCCAUGAUGCUCGACGAGAUCAUAAACUAUGUGCAGUCCCUGCAGCGGCAGGUCGAGUUCCUCUCGAUGAAGCUCUCGGCGGUCAGCCCCGAGCUGAACUGCGAUCUCGAUCUCCAAGACAUCCUUUGCCCGCAGGACGCCCGCUCCACGUUUCCGGGAUACGGCCAGCGAUUGGGCAACGUUCAUCCCAACAACAAUAUGUACAGGGCGUCGCAGCCGGGCCUCUCGCGUCCAGAACUAUACGGGAACGGGAUCAUCAUCCCAAACCACCCAGCAAGUGUUCAUAUGGCGAGGACGGCUCAGCAGCUGUCUGCGUUUCCCCAUAGGAGCAUCGUCUGGGACGAGGAACUUGGCAAUGUUGGUCCGUCUGCUUUCCCGUCGGACGUCGUCGGCGCCAGCAGCUUGGAGAACUCCGAGUCGAUGAAGGUGGAGUAGCUAGGCAGGCUGCAGCUGACGGUUAACCAUGUGCAAAGGCUGCACAGAUCUCCUCGGGCUUUAGCGAGUUUAACUGCUGUCGUUGAGAGGACGAUUCUCUAUGUGUGUGUGUGCGUGUGUGACUUUUGUACAGUUUGACUAAGCAGACGGAUGAAAAGCUUGUGGUCCGCUGUGAUGUGCCUGCCUGGACUAGAAUUAUUAGUGGUAAUAAUGAUUGGGUUUGAUGAGUUGAUCUACACAAGUUUGUGCAUAUUACUGGUUUGAUCAUCAAAA